GGGCAGCCCGGCGACGGGGCCCCUCCUGCACAACCGUCCAGCCGAGCGUGAAAUGGGAUGAAAAGAAAAGGGACGGUGUAACGUUCCCAGGGCCAGGGGCGGAGGAUGUUUGUCCCCCAGGGUGGCCGCAGUCCCCACCACGGCUGCAGAGCGGGACGUGCCAGUCCUGCCUUCCCGUCCCUCUUUGCUGAUUUGCAGUCAUUUCAGGGCACCUGGCCCCAUCCUGACUUGCAUUUCUAGCCCUGGUCACCAGCGCUGUCCUCGGAGCGGUGACCCCAGCGGGUGCAGGAUGUGGGCCCUGGCCUGGCUGGGCAUCGCCAGCCUGUGUCUGGGGACAGCCUGGGCUGUCCCAGCCAAGGAGAGGAGGAAGGCAGAGAAGCCAAAAGCUCAUCUUGCACUCUAUGAAAACCUGGACCUGGACAACUAUGACCUGACAUUGGACAACUACGGUGAGAUCCUUGACCUGAGCAACUAUGAGGAGCUCUAUGACUACGGGGACCUUGCUCCAAAGAUUGAGGUCGGCACCCUGGCUCCUCGCCCCAAGGACCCCGCGGCUCCCCCAGACCUGAGCACCACGGCUGAAACCCCGAAGCUGCAGCUUCUGAGCACGGCCGGCCCUGUGCCCCCAGCUCCCAUCCCUGUGCAGGCCCUGCCCAGCUGCCAGCUCUGCCUGUGCAUCGGCACCUCCGUCUACUGCGACGACGCCGACCUGGAGCACAUCCCACCGCUGCCACCAGAGACCACCUACCUCUACGCCCGCUUCAACCGCAUCGGCACCAUCCAGGCCAGCGAUUUCACGGGGUUGAAGAAGCUGAAGCGAAUAGACCUGAGCAGCAAUUCCAUCACCCGGGCAGACGCAGACGCCUUCCGCCUGCUGCCCAGCCUGCAGGAGCUCAUCCUGCCCGAGAACAGGCUGACGGCGCUGCCCGAGCUGCCCCGCAGCAUCGUCCGGCUGGACGCCCGUCUCAACAGCAUCCCCAGCACUGGGCUCCGGCCUGACGCUUUCCGGGACCUGAAGCAGCUGCAGUUUCUCCAUCUGUCUGAUAACCAGCUGGAUUAUAUCCCAGCACCCCUGCCCGAGAGCCUGCGCUCCCUGCACCUCCAGAACAACAACAUCCAGACCAUGCACAAGGACACGUUCUGCGACAGCCAGGACCACAGCCAGGUGCGCAGGGCACUGGAGGAUAUCCGCCUGGACGGCAACCCCAUCAACCUCAGCCUCUUCCCCAACGCCUAUUUCUGCCUCCCCCGCCUGCCCACUGGCCGCUUCUCCUGAGCCCCGUGGCCCCAGUGCUGGGAAACAAGGGUGAGCAUUCCCAGACCCACCGUACCCCCACCCAGACCCCCUUGGAUCCUGCUGCCCCACGGAAAACAUGGGGUUAAGGCAGAUGCCUUUAACCCUGGUGUGAGCUGAGCCGCUGUGCAGGCAUGAGCUCAGUUCUGGGGCAAACGGAGCAGGGAAUGGGCAGCUCUAAUAAAAUCAAGACUUUAAAAAUGCA